UUCUCUGCCGCCUCCCAUUGGCCGAGCGGGCUGUCAGUCAGGUGUCUAGGGUUCGGUUGUAGACUCGCGGUACAGGUCUCCCUCCCGUGGGAUUCCGAACUUGCUGCUCGCUUGGUCCCGCCCCCUCCCGUGCAAGGCCGAUGGCGGAGCCCGGGCAGUGAGGGGAAAGUUGUGUCGGAUACACGCGGCCGUACCGGGAGAGGAAGAUGACACGAAACGGCCGGGCCGAGACAUCCCACGGAAAGUAAGGGGCCCUCCGCCGGUUGAUGCUGCCGCUCCGGACGGUGUACUCGGCGGGAGUUUUGUGUUCCCGGUAACUUCCUGCCCCUUACCCCCCUCCCGGCUGUGGUGAGGGCGCCAAGCACAGGAUCAGCCCGGGGCCCCGGCCCUGCCAUGGCGGCCAUCUCGGCGGCGGAGAAGGUGGACGGCUUCACGCGGAAGUCGGUGCGGAAAGCUCAGCGGCAGAAGCGAUCGCAGGGAUCGUCCCAGUUCCGAGGACAAGGCUCCCUGGUGGAGCUCUCCCCGCUGCCCCAGCUCAAAGAUGCAACUACAAAUGAUCAACAAGACCUUUUCUGUCAGAAGCUGCAGCAAUGUUGUGUACUGUUUGAUUUCAUGGACUCUAUAUCUGACCUAAAAAGCAAGGAAAUCAAAAGAGCCACAUUAAAUGAAUUGGUGGAAUACGUGUCUACAAAUCGAGGUGUAAUUGUUGACCCUGCUUACCCGGAUAUCAUAAAAAUGAUAAGUUCAAAUAUUUUUAGAACACUUCCACCAAGUGACAAUCCAGAUUUUGACCCAGAAGAAGAUGAGCCAACAUUAGAAGCAUCAUGGCCCCAUAUACAGUUGGUCUAUGAAUUUUUCUUGCGAUUUUUGGAAAGCCCGGAUUUUCAGCCCAGCAUUGCCAAGCGGUUUGUGGAUCAAAAAUUUGUGCAGCAGCUUUUGGAGCUUUUUGAUAGCGAAGAUCCGAGAGAGAGAGACUUCCUGAAGACAGUGCUGCAUCGAAUUUAUGGAAAGUUUCUUGGACUGAGAGCAUUUAUCAGGAAGCAGAUUAAUAACAUUUUUCUCAGGUUUAUCUAUGAAACUGAACAUUUUAACGGUGUUGCAGAAUUGCUGGAAAUAUUGGGAAGCAUCAUUAAUGGAUUUGCAUUACCGUUAAAAGCAGAACAUAAGCAAUUCCUCAUGAAAGUCCUGAUACCUAUGCACACUGCGAAAGGGUUAGCUUUAUUUCACGCACAGCUAGCAUAUUGUGUUGUUCAGUUCUUGGAGAAGGACACAACACUCACAGAACCAGUUAUUAGAGGAUUAUUGAAGUUCUGGCCUAAAACAUGCAGCCAAAAAGAGGUGAUGUUUUUAGGUGAAAUAGAAGAAAUAUUGGAUGUGAUAGAGCCAACACAGUUUAAAAAGAUUCAAGAACAUCUGUUCAAACAAAUAUCCAAGUGUGUGUCCAGUUCUCAUUUUCAGGUUGCCGAAAGGGCUUUGUACUUCUGGAACAAUGAAUACAUUCUUAGCCUCAUUGAAGAGAACAUUGACAGAAUUCUACCAAUCAUGUUUGGUAGCUUGUACAAAAUUUCCAAAGAACACUGGAACCCGACGAUUGUAGCUCUGGUAUACAACGUGCUGAAAACUUUAAUGGAAAUGAAUGGAAAGCUAUUUGAUGAACUUACAGGGUCAUACAAAGCAGAAAGACAAAGAGAAAAGAAAAAAGAGCUGGAACGUGAAGAGUUGUGGAGGAAACUUGAUGAUCUUCAGCUGAAGAAGGCUCUGGCUGAACAGCAGAACAGCACUUUAAGUGUGCAAAGCCUACAGAACAAUGCAAGUGCCAAGUAAACCACAUGACAACCACCUCUGCUUCACAGCCAUACUCCUCUCUACAUGGUUUCUGAAAAAGUAAAAGAAAUUUAAAAAAAAAAAAAAAAAUCCUCUCCAUAUACUACAAAGCCACAUUUUCUCCAAGGGUCAAGAAAAAUGCAAUGUGGCUUAACCCUUUGUUAGGACGACCAUGGAUAUUUUGCAAGGCAAGAAAUCGGAGGUAUUUUAACAAAAAAGGGGGUUAAGCUCUUUGAGUACUUGAGGAUGGAGCCACUUGCUGCAAAGCAUCGUUACUCUGCCCACCAGCACUCACUGUUAAUGAACCCUGUGUUACAUCAUUGCAGUAGAAUGUUCUGUGCUCAAUCAGUGAUUACGGGGGAGAAUUAAUUUUUUAUAACCUAUAAUAUGAGUGCGUUAAUUCUGGGAAUGGUGAGAAUUAUGACUUGAAUUCUUUGACAUAUAUAUAUAUAUAUAUUUUUGUUUGUUUUUUUGAUUGUGUUGCACAUAGGUGUAUUAGUCUGCUAUGUACAUUACUUUUGCAUUUUACAUGUCUAUCUCUUUGCUGCAGUCAUUGAUUUCAAGAUUUAACAAAACACAAAACAUGGCUCUUAGCACUGCUGUUUCUAUCUUCACAAAAAAAUAAAAUAAAAGGAAGGUACUUUAUUUUUAUUUUUUAAACUACCCUAUAGCUCUUUGUGUCACGGGGCAAGUUAAUUAUAGUGUGUAACAUAAACCUAUUAAUAAAUUGUUUAAUGUGCCCUUUAAGGAAACCCUAGGAAUUCAAUCCAAGGCAAGUCCUCCUACAGGUCAAUUCAUUGUUUGGGACUCUCAUCUUAAAUGAACUUUAAUCCAUUUGUUGCCAGAAAAGACAGUAAUACAUCUGUACAGCAUCAACUGGUGUGAGAUCUACUGCGGCUGAAACCAUGUAAGCCUGCUUAAUAAAUGCUCAAGCAGUAUGUGUUGCUGUCAGACUAUGAUAUAGUCGCUCUGUUCCCACUUGGGAAUGGUGAUCAGCUAUGCAAAUAAUUCCGCUGUGGGUGACUAGUACUAGUGAUGUUCUCAGUGUGGUUUUGUGAACUUUUGUCCUCUAGUAUUUUCUUACAAAUUGUACUUUAAAAAACCCAAACAUGAAUAUGUUUGUUUGGAAGACUAGCAAGCAUGAUGUUUGGCACUUUGGAAUUUGAAUAAGUGGGUGAUCUUUAGUAAGACAUUGGUUAAUUCACAUAAAUUACGGAGUGGGCAGUUUGGUUUUUGGAAGAAUGCAUUAGGUGUUAAAACAGAACCAACUUCAAAGCUUUGGUUUAACUAUCUUUUCAGUAAAAGGAGCAAAAGAAACCAAAACAACUACAUCUUAAUAUAGUGAGUUUGUUUCAAAGAUAUUGCCACUUUACAUGGAUAGCAUAAAACAUUGAUGUUGCUAAGAUAGAAAUGUUUAUAUAUGUCUCAGAUUAUGCUUAGAGUGGCUUCAGGCAAACAGCCACUAUAUACAUCUAGUCCUUAAAUGGAUUCUAUAGUGCCAGAAAAGCAAACCCAUCCUGGCACUGUAGGCUACUGCAGUGCCCCCCUCCCGCGCGGCUGAAGGGAUUAAAACCCUUUAAGUCACUUGCCUGAAUCCAACGCCGAUGUCCCUUGGCACUGGGUCAGGCUCCUCCCCGCCAAUGUCAGCCGGCAAGGGAGACCAAAUGUGCAAGUGCAGCAAUGGCUGCGCUCGCAUUAGGGAUUACUCCGCCACUA